AUAUCUUUCUAAUACAGUGAAAAUCCUUUUAAAAAUAAUUUCUUUGAUCAGUAUUUAUCUUUGAUUCUUCACUAAAAAAAAUCUUCACACGAAUCACACCGCAUAAUUGUUGUAACCUUCAUAUGUAUUUGUCCUCGUAUGUCAUAACCCAAGAAGUUUAAAUUAGCGCGCGCACGGCCAGUGGUUGUUAGAUUGUUGAUGCGCAUCCAAGCUUAUCCUGCGCACUCCUCCUCAUUCAAAUCCAAUGUCAUGGCUGCGGUAAUCCCUUACUGUUUCAUGAGUACCUCCUCAGCUUUAUUGAACAAAACCCAGAUAAACAAUCCUUUCGAUAUCCCCAGAUUCUCUCAUAAACCCAUUGCCAAUCCCUCUCUCAAAGACAUUUGCAAGCAAGGCAAUCUCAAGGAAGCUUUCCAGUCCCUGGGUGGUUUACUCACUGAUGGCAGUUCAAUCGUUACUUGGCCUGAUGAGGGCUUUGCGCCUAUCCUUGAGCUUUGUGCUAACAAGAAAGCUCUAAAACAAGGCCAACAAAUUCACACCCACAUCAUAAAACAUUGUGAUUUAUGCCAGUCAGUGUUUUUGAGUACUAAGCUUGUGUUUUUCUAUGGCAAGUGCCGGUGUGUGUUGGAAGCAGAGAAGGUGUUCGAUAAAAUGUGCCACAGAACGAUUUUCACCUGGAAUGCAAUGUUAGGCACUUAUGUGUCAAAUGGUGUACCUUUAGGAGCUCUUGAGAUGUACAGCGAAAUGCGGUUUUCUGGUGUUCCUCUUGAUUCCUGUACAUUUCCUAUUGUGCUAAAGGCAUGCUCUACACUUAAAGACCUCCGUUGUGGUGCUGAAAUUCAUGGUCUGGUCGUUAAAUAUGGGUAUGCUUCUGUGUUAUUUGUGGUGAAUUCACUUGUUGCUAUGUAUGCAAAGUGUUCUGAGCUCAAUUGGGCAAGGAGGUUGUUUGACAGCAUCAAUGAAAAGGAAGACGUUGUGUCCUGGAAUUCCAUAAUCUCGGCGUAUUCUUCAAACGGUCUUUCUAUAGAGGCUUUGGGACUGUUUAGAGAAAUGCAGAAGGCCGGUCUUGCCACAAACAGUUACACACUCGUCGCUGCUCUUCAAGCUUGUGAAGAUGUGACUUUUAAGAAACUAGGUAUGGAAAUUCAUGGUGCGAUUUUGAAGUCAAGUCACUACCAUGAUGUUUAUGUGGCCAAUGCUUUGCUGGCUAUGUAUGUUAGAUUUGAUAGAAUGUGUGUGGCUACUGGAAUAUUUGAUAAAAUGGAUGAGAAGGACAGCGUAUCUUGGAAUACAAUGCUUGUGGGUUUUAUGCAAAACGGUCUAUUUGAUGAAGCUAUGAGAUUCUUUCAUAAUAUGCAUGAUUCUGGUCAAAAACUUGACAAGAUUUCUGUAUUAAGCGUUCUUGCAACAUCUGGGCGAUUGGGUUAUUAUUUGAAUGGAAUGGAAAUGCAUGUUUAUGCAAUAAAGAACGGAUAUGACUCUGAUGUGCUGGUUGGGAACACAAUCAUAGAUAUGUAUGCAAAGUGUUGUCGUGUGAACUAUAUGGGCCACACUUUUGAUAAGAUGCCUAAUAAAGACUUCAUUUCUUGGUCGACAAUCAUUGCUGGCUAUGCUCAAAAUAAUUGCUAUAUAAAGGCCUUGGCAUUGUUCCAGAAAGCGCAAAUGGAGGGGAUUAAUAUUGAUGUUAUGAUGAUAGGUAGCAUCCUUCUUGCUUGCAUUGGUUUAUGCCGUGUAUCCCUAGUAAGAGAAGUUCAUAGCUACUUAACCAGAAGAGAGUUACUUGAUCAAAUCCUACAGAACAAACUUACCGAUGCAUAUGCAGAAUGUGGGAAUAUUGAUUGCGCGAUUCGAAUGUUUGAAUCGAUCAACUACAAAGAUGUUGUGUCAUGGACAAGCAUGAUUUCAUCAUAUGUUCACAAUGGACUUCCAAAUGAGGCUCUGGAAACUUUCUAUUUCAUGAAAGAAUCUAAUGUCGAACCAGAUUCUGUGACCUUCGUCAGCAUACUUUCAGCUGCCGCUAGUUUGUCUGCAUUGAAGAAAGGCAAAGAGAUUCAUGGCUUCUUAAUCAGAAACAGUUUUGUACUAGAAGGAUCUAUUGCAAACGCUCUUGUGGAUAUGUAUGCUUGCUGUGGAGCCCUAAAGGAUGCAUAUAUUGUAUUUAAUAGUAUCAAAAGUAAAGGUCCAGUUCUAUGGACUAAUAUGAUCAAUGCAAAUGGAAUGCAUGGCCGUGGCAGGGAUGCAAUCGAAUUAUUCAGUAGGAUGAGGGAUGAAAAACAAGUUCCUGAUCAUAUUACCUUCUUGGCAAUUCUUUAUGCAUGCAGUCAUUCAGCAUUGAUCGAUGAAGGUAGAAAAUUAUUUGAAAUGAUGCAAGAUGAGUAUCAGUUGGAGCCAUGGCCUGAACACUAUGCCUGCCUGGUUGAUCUUCUUGGCCGGGCAAAUCGUUUGGAAGAGGCAUACCGUGUUGUGAAAACUAUGCAGAUUGAACCCACCUCUGAAGUCUGGUGUGCACUCCUUGGGGCUUGCCGCGUUCACCAGAAUAAAGAACUAGGAGAAAUUGCAGCAAAGAAACUUUUAGAGAUGGACCCUGAUAGUCCAGGAAAUUAUGUCCUUAUAUCCAAUGUCUUUGCUGCCAGCGGUAAAUGGAAAGAUGUCGAAAAAGUGAGAAUGAGAAUGAAGGGAAGUGGCUUGAAGAAAAAUCCUGGCUGUAGUUGGAUUGAGGUGGGGAGUAGUGUUCAUACAUUCAUGGCAAGGGACAAAUCUCAUCCAGAGUCUGACAAGAUAUACGAAAAGUUAGCUCGAAUCACCGAGCAUUUGGAAAGGGAAGGAGGUUAUACGGCUCAAACCAAAUUAGUUUUGCACAAUGUGGAUGAAGAAGAAAAAGUUAAGAUGCUUCAUGGGCAUAGUGAAAGGCUGGCAAUUGCAUAUGCUCUGCUUCAUACUCCUGAGAGAACUCCCAUUAGAAUUACAAAGAAUCUCCGUGUAUGUUGUGAUUGUCAUACAUUCUGCAAGUUAGUUUCCAAAUUCUACGAACGAGAAUUAGUUGUUAGAGAUGCCAGCAGAUUUCACCAUUUCUGCUACGGGGCCUGUUCUUGCGGAGAUUUCUGGUGAUAAAACAAUCUGUAAAUUCGAGGCAUAGCAGGCGAAAGGCAAUAAGUCUGAAGUAAUGGACAAACCGUUCAAGAUUUCGUGUGGAGUUGAUGAAUGGCUGGACGUGUUGCUCACAUUGCAGCAUGCAUUUACAGAUUCAUUGAGGCCUUGACUGAAUCAAAACUGAAGAAGGAAGUUACUUUCCAGGUUAUGACAAACAUCUUUCUUGGUCUCAAUGGCUAAUCCUAUUGUUACUAUAACAAACAUUCAUUUCGGAAUUGUAGAAUAUAUCUGGUACUUCAAGAUUUUGGAAGCUGCUACUCGGUGCUUUUGGAUGAAAUGUAUUUGUUUACCUUUAGUUCCGGACAUUUAUGCUAUAAAAAUUAAAGGUAAGUUCCGGGAUUUUCUUUUCUCAAGAAAAUGUACCUUUUAAGUAAAUUUUGUUCCUAUUUACAAAUAAUUUUUUAGAUUACAGUGAAUCAUUUCAUAUGAAAAAAUAAAAUAAAAGAGAG